AUGACUCAAGAGACUAAGAACGAGGUUUUUCACCUCGAGGAUGCCAUCAAAGGCUUCCAAAAUCUCCGUGAACAUGAUCCCCAGGACUCAUUACCGGUAUGGAAAGUCCUGGUCAAUAAUUAUAAAAUUGUUGGUCUAUCGUUGUUUGCCAAUUUGGGAGGAUUGAUGUAUGGAUUUGAUACUAUGGCAUUGUCGCUAUGUCUGUCAAUGACACCAUUUGAGCAACAAUUCGGUCAAGAGACAGCAACUGGAUACGUGAUCGCUACAUGGUGGCAAUCAGUAUGGAACGCUUUAUCACAAAUUGCCUGCAUGAUUGGAGCUUGGGGAAUUGGUAAAGUCUCUGACACAUACGGACGACGCGUAUGCUUCAUUCUGGCGGGUAUGGUUGGUAUGGUCGGAGUUGCAGUGCUAUACAUCGCAUCCAACAGUCGAGUUUUCCUUGCUGGAAAGAUUGUCAAUGGUUUGUCUCUGGGCAUGGCAUUGGCUACUGGCCAGAGUUACGUGUCGGAGAUUGCUCCUCUCCGCAUUCGUGGUAUCUUGCUGUCUGCGUAUGCCUUUAGCAUGAACCUUGGACUUAUGAUUUCAGCAUCCGUUGCCUUUAGCCGGAUGGACAUCAUGAACUCCUCAGCAUACAAGGUCCUGUUCGCUGCCGGAUGGGCCUUUCCCUGCCUAUUACUCCUCCUAUCCUGGGUUAUCCCCGAAUCACCUCACUUCCUCGUGCAGAAAGGAAAGAAGGAGGCAGCACAACAAGUCCUGGAGCGGAUCUCGCACAAUGAGUCCGAUGCUCCUGCCAUAUUAGCCGAUAUUGUCCGCGUCCACGAACAUGAAGAGCAGAUGCAUAACGAAUCGAAACCCGGCUUCCUUGAUUGCUUCAGGGGUAACAACUGGCGCCGUACACGAAUCAUCAUUUACUGCAACGGUCUCACGCAGAUGAUUGGAGUUACAUUUCAAUCCAAUGGACCAUACUUCCUGACAAGCGCGGGAAUGAGUUCUAACAAUGUUGGUAUGAUCAUUGAAAUUGGUAUCGGAUUCUCAAUUGCCAGUGCCAUCAUUACCUGGUUUAUCAUUGGGAUGGUUGGAAGAAGAAAGAUCAUCAUGUCGGGUCUUAUUGUUUCAGCUAUGUUCUACUUCCUCAUGGGCAUUGCUGCAAUCUGGUCCAACUCCACAGCUCUUUGGACCAUUGGUAUUGCACUCGAGCUCACAUGGUGGACUAUGGGACCAGUCGCUGGUCCCGCCAUGGCUAUUGCGGGUGAGAUCUCGCAAGCCCGCCUGCGUGCUCAAUCUCAGUCCAUCGGAUUCGCCUUCAACUAUUUCUUCUCGUGUGUGUGGAAUGUGGUUGUUCCUUACAUGUUUAACACCGACGAAGGCAACCUUGGUGGCAAGAUGGGAUGGAUCUUCCUGGCUACCAGUUUGAUCAGUGUUGUUAUUGUAUACUUUGAGUUCCCUGAGACCAAGGACAGGACAUAUGAGGAGCUGGAUGAGUUGUUCGAGCGAAAGAUUCCUGCUCGUCACUUUGCCAAUUAUGCAGAAUUGUCACUGAGACCCGAGUGA